AAAAAAAAGAAAAGAAAAGAAGAAGCCUUGUACCUUAGUUUAUCAAAGAUUCUCUGUAUACAGCCAGCCAGAUAUAUAUAUAUAUAUAUACACAGGUGUAUGCAAUGAUUCAUACAAAAAAUUAGAGAGGCUGUAUUGAGUGUUGUUGACAGUUGAUUAGCUGGAAGCAUUUGCUGAUUUGCUCUUUCUGUGUGUUUUUUACCUCUUCUUCCAUUUAGUUUAACAGAGCAGAAGUUCAGCAACACCCAAAUAUAGCUGGAAAACAAGUGUAAUGGCGGUAGAGCUUGUCAACUCUGCAACAAGUGACAAACUCACUGAAAUAGAUUGGACAAAAAAUAUUGAAAUAUGUGAAUUGGUCGCACGUGAUCACAAGCAAGCUAGAGAUGUCGUUAAAGCUAUAAAGAAACGGCUGGGAAGUAAAAGCCCGAACUCACAACUCUUCUCAGUAAACUUGCUGGAAAUGUUGAUAAACAACAUCGGAGAACCUGUUCAUAAGCAGGUUAUUGAUACAGGAAUCCUUCCAAUACUUGUAAAGAUAGUAAAGAAAAAGUCAGAUCUACCUGUACGAGAGAAGAUAUUUCUUCUUCUAGAUGCUGCACAAACUUCUCUUGGCGGAGCUUCUGGGAGGUUCCCUCAGUAUUAUUCCGCAUAUUAUGAAUUAGUGAGUGCAGGCGUGGAGUUCCCUCAAAGAUCUCUUGUCUCCGCCGAACCGCCUGCUCCCUCAAAUGAGAAUAGAAAUAAUCAAAGAGACAACGACCAUGUUUCUUCUAGAUGUGAAAUGAAAUUCCCACAAGCAGCGCCUCAAAAAGUUUCGGACAACAGUAUCCUGCAGAAGGCUGCCACUGCUCUGGAGGUUCUAAGAGAAGUCCUUGAUGCUGUCGACCCUCAGCAUCCUGAGGGAGCAAAGGAUGAGUUCACGCUUGAUCUUGUGGAGCAAUGUUCAUUUCAAAAGCAACGAGUAAUGCAUCUUGCUAUUAGUUCCAGGGACGAAAAGCUGGUCUCCCAAGCUGCCGAGCUGAACGAGCAACUUGAUAGAGUUCUCAAAAGACAUGAUGCACUUCUUACUGUUAGACCAACCGCUACAUCAAAUCCGCAUGAUCAUGGCCAAUCAUCAGAAGAAGAGGAGCCUGAGCAGCUUUUCCGAAGGAUAAGAAAAGGAAAAGCUCGGUUACAGCCAGAAGAUGAAGGCAGCAAAGUAGAACGUCCUUUUGGCUUGCUAGGAUCUGCAGUUCCAGGGGAUAUGCUACAUCGUCCCCUUAUAAGACCGGUGGUUACAGAGCAGAAGCAAGAAAACAACAUUGAAAAAACAGCUGCUGUAGCAAUUCCUCCACCACCCGCAAAACAUGCUGAGAGAGAAAAGUUCUUCCAGGAUAACAAGUCUGAUGGCUCGGCUCCGUCCAGUCACAUGAGGGGCCUCUCCUUACAUAGUCGCAACGCCAGCAGCUCUCGCAGUGGCAGCAUUGAUUUCAGUGAAUAGUAUGCUUUCUUUUACCUGCGUCAAGCUUUCUUCUUGAGUGCUAUUUUAAGAUAUGUAUGUGGAUAUUGUGAGGGUUGAGGGUUGGAACAACAUUCUUAUAUGCCAGUUUAAAUUUGACAAUCUGUUACAUACAUAUACUAUACAACAAAAAUUUGUCUGCA